UACAGUGAAAGUAAAUUAUGCAGAUACUAUAUUACUGAAUUAUUGUAAUAGCUGCAUGACCAUAUUUUGAUAUUGUUUUAACCAUUUCUUAAAACUGUUGGGCAGGGAGAAAAUCAAAUAUCACAAUAUUAUUUAGAGAAUACCUUGAUAUUGAUAUUGCAACGUUAUUGUAGGGCUGAAUACUAGUGCUUUCACAAAAUAUUUCCAAGUGAAAUAGUUGUCAGUAAUAAGAUAAGAUAAGAUAAGAUAAGAUACACCUUUAUUGAUCCCACAAUUGAGAAAUUCCAGUGUUACAGCAGUCAAGGGGAAAGAGUCAGAUUAAAGAUUUCAAAAUUUUAACUUAAAAUGUAAAACUUAAAAACUAGGCAUGCAAAAUAAAGUACAAAAUAUUACAAGAAACGGCGCUAAAUAACAAUAAUAAUAAUAAUGAUAAUGAGAAGUGGAUAAUAAUGAGCAGUGAAUAAAAAUGCAUAAAUAAUGAAUAAGUGGGUAAAGGCCAAUACUAGAGCAGAACAGUCUGACCAGAAAACUAAAUCACUUCAAUGUAAUGCAGCCAUUAAAACCAGGAGAAGAAUACCCUUACAAUAUUACCAUAUCCAAAAUCUAAGACAAUAUCUGGUUUUAUAUAACCAUACAGAUAAAAUAUCAAUGUUUUGCCCUGCUGUACUGUUGGGUAGCUAAAUCUAUGGCAAAUCAUCAUGUUAUAGUUGAUCAUGUAUGAAAAAUCUGAAUCCUCAAGGUAACUACUAACUAUAGCUGUUAAAGAAAUGUAAUGAUUAUAAUAUUUUAUUUAAUAUUAAUGGAGAAAUAGUACUUAAGUACCGAUUUAGGUCAUCUAGGUAUUUCAUUAAUAUACUACAACUCAUUAUGUCACGUUUGGCAGUGCCACCAGUGUCGACGGCUCCUUUCACUGCUCGCUCUGCAGAUACAUUCAAGGAAUCUAGACUCUUCCUUGUGUUGCAGGCGUGGACGUCUGUCUCUAUUGGCUGCUGCUGCUAUCACAUUUCUCAGCCUUUCUUCCUCCUUGUCAUAAUGUGUCUGAACACAAGUCCACACGGGUGAUUUAGGGUUUGAAACUGGAUGAGUUAAAUCUCGGGAGAAUAAGAAUUUCUUCACAUUUCGGAAAUGGAGACAAUGAGAUCUUGAGGGGGUUUGUAGUCAGAAGGUCAGACUUUUUCCACAAUCCCGAUGCUGGCUCUGUCCAGGUGUCCGACAGCUUUGAGCUGGAGACUAUCACUGCGCUGCUCUGCUCUCCCUCUGGGGAGCGCUACCAUGAGCAGCCAGCCCUCCACCGCAGCCAGGUUCCAGUUUCUAAGAACCCAGACUGCUCAGUUUCACCAAAGUAAAGCCAAAGCCAGUCCUGUCUCUGACCCAAACAAGCCCUCCUCAGUAUUGUCCACGCUGGACGGGGAGCUGUUGGGGAUGGGGAUGUGGUCGUUGGGUCUAGGUGCUGUAGGAGCUGCACUCGCUGGGAUCUUCCUUGCCAACACUGAUCUGUGUCUGCCUAAAGUUGACCAGGCAUCAAUGCAGCACCUUGAAGAGGCUGACCUGCGCUCCACAAUAGAGGAUGACAACGUCAUUAAAGCAAAGAGCCUAUGGGAAACGAACGGGGCUGUGAUCAUGGCCGUGCGGCGACCUGGAUGAUUUUUGUGCAGAGAGGAGGCCUCUGAGCUGUCCUCUCUGAAGCCCCAGCUUGAAGAGCUCGGGGUCCCUUUGGUCGCUGUGGUGAAGGAGAACGUCGGCACAGAGAUCCAGGACUUCAGACCGCACUUCGCUGGGGACAUCUAUGUAGAUGAACAGAAACACUUCUACGGCCCGCUGCAGAGGAAGAUGGGGGGUCUGGGGUUCUUUCGUCUCGGGGUGUGGCAGAACUUCAUCCGAGCCUGGAGGUCCGGGUAUCAGGGCAACAUGAACGGCGAGGGCUUCAUCCUGGGAGGGGUGUUUGUCAUCGGAGCAGGAGAUCAGGGGAUUCUCCUGGAACACCGUGAGAAGGAGUUUGGCAAUAAAGUGAAGAUUGCAGAUGUUUCAGAGGCUGUUAAGAAAAUUGUGCCAGUGAAAUAAAUGUUUUUUUGUUCCUAACAAAUGGCAUUAGACAAAGGUACACUGUAAUUAGAUCAAAACUAGAACUAAGAAUGUGCAUUUUUAAUUUGAGUCAGUCCAUCACUGAAAUACUGAUAUUAUAAUGACAUCCAAGUCUGUGUGUAUUAAUAUCACAAUAUACCUCUGUCUUUUGCACGUUAAUUUAUAAUGGGUUGUGAAAGUGGAGCUGAGCCAAUAUUAUUACAGGAUUUGACACUGAUUAUUCCUUUUUACCUCUGCAGACACCUGGAAGCUUUUUUUUUUAAGACGGGUAUUAAAAACAGAUAGUAAGGGACUCAAGGCAGUAUUUUCAAUCAGGUACAUCAGCCAUUAAAUUUACAUUUGAAAUCUGCCUUUUAAAAAAACACAUACGUCCAUCUAAAGGCUGCAUUACACACUUGAUUAAUUAUUCUAUUAGCAGUCUGUUAGGGGUACAUUUGUAGUAACGUUCCUCUGUGUUGUCUUCGUUUGCUUCUCCUGGUCAGGCACAUGAACGGGCCUCCAACAUGGCGAACGUGUGUCUGCAGUCUGUGUGUGUGAUAAUGACGACUUGACUCCAAACUCAGCACUGAGACGAGCAGGUUUGAUGCUCAAACACAUGCAGGCUCAGCCAUUGUCGCCAUGUUGAGGAGUGUUAGUGCUGCUUGAAGCAUGUGUGUGUAUGAGAGAAUGUGUGUACCUGUACAUGUGAAUAAUAGCUUAAGAAAAUAAAAUUAAUAAUAAAUAAAGAAGACCUUAUCACCAUA